AUGCUCAUCCGACUGACCAUAUCGUCCGCAAUGGGUAUGUUGAGCGAAAUCGCUGACGAAACAGCGAGGAAGAUGGCUAACACAAGCAAGCGCUAUCUUUACUCUGCCUACUUCAAGAUGAAGAAGCCUUGUCAAGACGAGUGUCAGCCGUGGUACGACUUCCUACGCAAGGACGGCAAGUAUUACGGCCCAUCAGUCGGCGACGGCGAGGAGGAGCCUGAUGGGACGUACGCGAUCAACGUGACCCAACAUUGCUCGCAUCUCGACCUUGCCAUGCCAUGCCAGGUUUGCAACGGGAACAAGACCUUUGGCCCAGCCUACAGCGACGAGAUUCACUCCACAACGCAGUCACAGGAAGCCGGCUUGCCGAAUGACGGGAUGCUUUACCUCAUCACCAGGUGCAGGCAAUCGGGCUAUGCAACACCGGAAAGCUUGGACGGCUACCCAAACAUUUGGCCCGACAAGGAGGAGCAGCGCAGAGUUGACGUCGGGUCCAAGUGCCGACCAGAGAUCAUCGGCUGUUUCGAUGGAGCCAACUGCAGCGACAUCAUUGACAAAGUGACUGGCAAACCGUACGACAACGACCGACGGCCAGGCGAUGGGAGUGAGAACGUCCCCACCAACGCCUCUGCCAUUGUCUACGGCAGCACCAUUUCCGCGCCACCUUCCCGCAACACCAGCACAUCUGCCUCCAACACCACUACUUCUGCCACGAACUCCAGCGCCUCUUCCUCCAACACCGGCGCCUCUACCUCGGGCACCAGCGCCCCUACCUCCAACGUCGGCUCCUCGACCUCCAACUCAACCCCGCCGCUGCCGGUCUUACCAACCGCCGCGAACGAAACCACGGUGGACUCAACCGCAGCGAGCAACACAGCCUCUCCUCAGCCUAAGGAGACCGACUCGGGCGCACUGGCUGUAUCUCUCCCCUUUACCCUUGUUCUUGGCGCACUGGGAAUCGCUAGCCUCGUUUAG